CAAUAUGAUAGCUUAACUGUCUUUUAGUUUUUUUCCCCUUUAUUAAGGUAUAGUUGACAAAUAAGAAUUAUAUAUAUUUAAGGUGUGCAGCUUGAUUUUUUGCUGUGUGUAUACGUUGUGGAACGAUCACCACAAGAUAGGUUGCUUUUCUUGAGCCUCAGAAAGUUUCCCCCUCAAACCUAGGGCCAAACUGGUCACUAGAAAGCAGAAAGGGGGGUUAGCCCCAAUAGUGACCAUCUGUCUUAGGAAGAACAUUCACCUGAUACUGCAAACAUAGGUCGUUGCCUUCAUUGUUACGGCUUUGAUGUGUUACAUGGAUAAUGAGGUCACCUGCCUCAUCAGAUCUCUGAAGAUUCAGUGAGGUAACAAGGACUCUCUAUAGGAAAGGGGCAGUAGAUGCCGGCUCUCUGUCGGUGCCCGAUUGCCCUACCAUUCCUGCCGUGCCACCAUUAUAUCUGUCUCGGCUUGCCAAGCUCCCAUGUGCUAUUGCUGGUCAUUGCCAUUAGAAUUUAGGGGUUUAUAUACGAAUCAAAGAAGUGGUUAAUCUGUGCAGGGGCUUUGACUCUACCAUUGUGUUGUCACUGUUAAGUAAAUAAAUAAUUGGAUUCUCCAUAGCUUAAAACCCCCAGCCAUAUAGUCAAUUUACAGAUAUUGGGGAUAUAUGCAGCAAGUCUUCAGACCUGUACUAGCACUCAUGUUUCUCCCAGGAAUCUGCCAGAACACUUCCCCCAGCUAUCAGCUGUUGUGUGCAGAGGAAUGGAACUAAUUUGAUUACCAAUUAAUGGGAGACAUGUUUUGGAAGAAUCCAUGCACACAUUCAUACCGGUACAUACUGGAUUCUCAAGGCAGUGUUUUUCAGAGUGUUUGCAUCUUUUCUCUGGUAUUACCAUGACUAAUCAAAACUUAACUCUUGGUUAAACAAUUCCUGUCCUGAGUCUUAUAAAGAAACAGCAAAAAUGACAGUUUUCCUCUUUCCCUGUGAUUGAAACACACACACACACACACACACACACACACACACAGCCACAUGCACACAUGGAAGCAAAAGUCCAUAGAGGGAGAUGCUUUUGAGUAGAGCCAGUGUGCUGUGAGAAGUAAUGAACACAGGGGAGAAUGAAGUCUGAGGAUUGUCAGAUGUGCACAGUCUGAGGGCUUCUGAGCUCUGUGUUUUUGUGAGAGGGCAGGAUGAAUCAGGUGCGUAGGGUAGAGUUGAGAGUUAGCACACCCAUAACUAGGGGAAGAGCCAACCAUUGGCCAUGGACAAGGCGGUUUGGGAAGUUUUCAGAGUCGAUUUAAUUCUUGGGCAUCUAAAUAGGUGGAUGUUAAGAGAUCUGACACUUUACUCUUACUUUCUCAGAGUCAUGGUUUGGGAAUGAUUGGCAGGAUCUUUGGGCCAAUGUUCCCUGCCCUCUGAGGUAAAAUAUUCAGUAAGUAUUUGUUAAGCUCACUGUGGAGUCAGGGGAUAAUGUUGAGCAUAUACCUUUGUCAUCUUUGGCAAAUGAGUGGCCACUGAGGGAUGGUAUGCAACCCAGAUCAAGCCAUCAAGGGCUAGGGGUGUACUCUUUCUGGGAUCGGGAAAAGAUCCCACUUGGUGGUCACAUCAGUUACCCUCUGAAAGAAAUGUGUUUUAAACGGAUAUUCGCUGAAGAGAGCCUUCAGCUGUCACUUCACUUGAAGCUCUUAUUUAAAAGAUAAUGAGUAUUUCAUUUUAUUUUAUUUUUUAAAAAUGUUUUUAUUUAUUUUUUAGAGAGACAGAGCGCAAGCAGGGGAGGGGCAGAGGGAGAGAGACACACACAGAAUCAGAAGAAGGAUCCAGGCUCUGAGCUGUCAGCACAGGGCCCGACACAGGGCUCUAACCCACGAACCGUGAGAUUAUGACCUGAGCUGAAGCUGUAUGCUUAACCGACUGAGCCACCCAGGUGCCCCAGAUAAUGAGUAUUUUAAGAAAUCAAGCAUCUUCUGCCUACAAGUAGGUACUUUAUUGUCUGUCAGUUCUCACUUGAAAGAGGCCCAGUGACAAUGGGGAAUUUGUUCACUGAACAUCUCCAGAAUCCAGGAUAGCAAGAGCCCAAUAAAUAAUUGCUGAAUAAAAGUGACCAAAAUGAUGAGGUGUUUCUGGUGUGCAAGAAGGGGUCAGUAGCUCUUGGAAAGUCGGUUAAGGUCUUUAAGGAAAAUGUGCAAGAAGUUAUUUUGACUUUUUUUCUUAUUAGCUGUGGGCCCUUAAGUUUUUCUGAGGCUUAUUUUUCUCCCUUAAAAUAUGGGAGUGGUUGUAUUCCUUCUUAGCAGAGCUGUGAAGAUUAUAGAAGGUAAUGUGUAACACACCCGGUGUAUGUAAACACCUGAUUAGGCUAGUAGUGGCCAUGAGUGUUAUUGCUACUAUGGGUGCUCAGAGAUGAAAUAAAUAUACAGUCUGUUCUUGUUAUCUGUGACAGUUAGGUUCUACAAAGCCAUUCAUUUAGGGAGCACUGAGCCAUUGCUCCUAGAGGAAGGGCACAGUUGGGUUCCUAGGAGCCUCUGGUUACAUUUUUGUCACCUGAUUGAUCCAUAACGUUGUUUUAUGUGUGUUUCUGUUUAAAGACACUUUAUUUAACAUAUAUUAUUGAUUCAUUAAUAUUGAACUCAAGGCUAACACCGCUGUAAUUCACACUUUAUUGAACCUUAUUCAACACAUGUAUUUUCUGGGCAAGCCACAUCACAGCCUUCUUAUGUAGAGUAACACUAGAUAACACUUCAGUGCUGGUCUUUAAGCAAGUAGGUGAAUUUGCAAAUAGCGAAUCCAUGCACAAUGAGGGUUGACUGUAUUAAAAAUUGUUUUCUUGAAUCUUUCUCUAGCAGUUCUUUCUCUGAAGAACUUAAAACACGCUCAUUUGGGAAAACAUUUUCAAACACUGUUUUCCUCCAACCUUGUUGCAGGUUCUACAUGAAACCUCAUUAAUGAAGCUUUUCUAAGCACUAGAUCUUCAAUUUUUAUGUUUAUUUGCCAAUAAAAAUGGCCCAUUACUUCCAAAUUUUUAAAGUUGAGUGGGAUUGUUCAGGUAUGUUACUUUUCAUUUUGAUAUAUUUCUACCAUUCUUUAGGAAGUGGAGUGUGAGAGUGAGGACCUGGAAAAAGAGCCCAGAGAUAUUACAGGGGCCACUGUUGAUGACAUGGAAAUUCUGGUGUAGGGAGUUUCUGAAGAAACUGGGCUCAUCUUACUCAUGGCCUAGAAGAUGAUGGUGAUGAUUUUGACUUCUUGUAUUGCAAAUUAGCGUAUUAUAAGGAUCAGCAUGGUUAUUGUUACAAACAUUACCUGAGCACUUGUUGGGAGUGCUUGAAAUUCUUUUAAGAAAGGAGAGAAGAAAAGAAUUGUUUUCAGUGGGUCUAGUAGUUUCAGGUUGCCUAGGAGACAGAUCACCAAAUUUAACAACAGCAAAGAAACCCAAACACCAAUGAUAGUAACACCAGCACCUACCAUUUUUGAAGCCCUUACUACAGUGUGUGUCUUGUAGUGGUUCUUUAAUCUCUUAUGCUUUGAGGAAACAAACUCGCUGGGAUUAAAGUUUUACCUUUCAUAUGUCACCCACCUUGUGCAUCUUCCUACUGUACUUAUGUGUAGUAUAAAAAUAAUAGCUUGUUUAGUUUGUAUGCAUGUGCACAUGUGUGCAUGUGUGUGUCUAACUAAGUUCUGGGAUCAGGAAGGUACCUGUGUACAUUUUUUCCCCCAGAUUUUUCCUGUGUUAGAAAAGUCAAGAUGCUGAAAGAGAAGGAAUGAAUAAUUCAGAUCUAGUUGAAUUAAAAACAUAUUAAGACACCUCCUAUCUACCAGGCACUGUGUGAAACAUUUGAAAUGCCUCCUAUAAUUUAAUUCUAAUAUGAGGUAGGUAGGAUCCCAUUUUAUAGAUGAACAAACUAAGCUUGGCCGUCUUCAUUUCAGUCACUUGCCUGAAGCCAUUCAAAUAAGGGUGGAAGCAAGACUUAAACUGAGGACUGACUUCAAAGCUCACCCUCUCUAACUGCCAUACUGCAGUAGUUACUGCAUAUAUUGGGGUGCAGAGAGGGAGGCAGGGUAGGAAGUGAUCUGGGGUGACAAGUCAUGUUGAUUUUGGAAUAGCAAGAGGACUAGGUUUCUGAUGAAGCAAAGACAGACUCUGGGUGUGGUUGGACAUCUGUAUCCAAGAUAAAUAGGUCUAUCUAUUAAAGAUAGUCCUUUGUUUUCAAAGCUGUUUCUAAAGAAAGAAAGGUGUGAGGUUGUGAGGACUCCAAGAAAGGUAGCAAAAGGUGGGAUGGUGGACGCUUAAUUAUUCACAAGGAUAUGGUAUGUAAGUUGUAGGUGUUCCUCAUUCCUCAUUCCAGAUCUUCAGAUUUUCCUUGCUGAUGACAUCAAGAAGUCUUGUCUACAUACCCAUCCUUAAGGCCUGCCACUGAACAUAGAGCUCCUAACAUCUUGAUGUUUUUCACUUAUCUUUCUCUCCUUAUCUCUCCCUCCCUGCUCAACUUGACUGGUUAAUUGCUUUUCCUGUGUGUCUUCAUAAAGUUGUAGCUAGUUUAUUCCAUUCUGGACUGUUUAUCUUUGAAUGCCAAAGGUCUUGAAACAUCAUAAUGUUGUGUAAUGAACAUAACUUCUGCCUUGACAUGUGGGUGUUAAGAGCAUUAGUCAUUGCAAAGUAUUGAGUUAAAUAUUUUCAAUAAAAAGAUAUAAUGAUCUAAUAGAGAAGAAGGAGUUAUAAAAAUACUAGUUGGUGACUUUACUGGUGGACUAUAUAUUUAGUGGGUUCCAUCAGUGAUGGGCUAGAGAUUCACAGAAUGAACAUAAAAACAUUCUUACUCCAUAUUAGUGGGAGAGGAGAAAGAUCAACAAUAGGAAAAAAGCACUUGAUUCUCUUAAAUACUGAGAAAAUGGCAGGCCAUCAGAUUUUCCAAUGCUUUUGCUCUCGAUUUACUUCUUCACAUGCACCUUUAACUACCCCAAGAAAUGUUGGAGAUAACCAUGAGAUAGUUACCAUAGGUACUUCUGGGAGGCCUCUUGCUGGAAAGCCCUUAGCUUUGUAAUGAUGUCUUUUUUUUAGAAAGCCAUCAGGGCAUCCCUUGCAGCACCAUCUGAGAGCCAGGGCCUUCCUGAGCAAACAAGGUGUUUCUUUACCCGUGGAGUUGAUUUUAUGGAGAGUUUUGGUCAGCAUUAGUCAUUGUGAAACUAUGUACCUGCUGUCCUGGUUUAUCUCUGUAGACAUCUCCCUGAGGCAGAAGAUUGAGUCCUCAUCUCUCCAGGUCUCUGGGCAUCUAAAGAUGUUGGAGGUGCCCUGGUUUGCUUCUUGCUGGGGAGUGUGUAGUAGGUACCGGUCUUCUCUGAUGGAAUAUUGCCUAGAUGAGUGACAAUCCAUUUAACAGGUUGAUGUGCUCUCUUGUUCCUUGGGGAGGUUUAAACCAGUGACACUGUGCGCUAACUCUCCCUUACCUUGCCGGCAGUCUUCAGUCAUUCCAGUAGAUAACUUCUGAGCUAAAUACCUUUUCUUUCCUAGAGAGGCUAUAAACAAGGAAAUUAAUAUCGGAGUAGAAGGCCUAAACUCUGUCUAUGGCUGCCAAUAAAAACUUCUCAACAAGACUGGAUGUUAUCAAACGAUGUCCAAAUUAAAAAAAAAAAAACAAAAAAAACAAAAACGCAGGAGACAAUUUUUUCCUAGUAUGAUACCUUUUACCAAUGGAUAAUUGUUUUCGUGAUCAUGUUAGGCAAUGAGGCCAUUUUUGUGGUUGGGGAGUGUGUGGAGUGCGUGGAGGGGAGAUCUAUUUUCACGAGGUUUCCUUGCAUUUGUGGCGAUAUUUUUGGAAGGAUUAUUGAUCUCUGGUCCUCCCGUGUAGGAUUUUGAAUGUAAUUGCUAUGCUUAUUAACUGAAUCUAUAGUUAAGAAGGUAGUGUUGAAUGGGAGCCAAGGAACCUGUUGAUGUAAAGUCUGUUUUACCUUUUAUGAUUCCCAUCAUUUAGCACCUCCCUCCUUCCUGGCUCAAUCCCCUGUCAUUUUAAGUAGGCAGCAAUUACUGGUUUACUAAAGAAGCUGGCUCCUGCUGCCAAGGAUCCUAUUAAUUAUCACUCUAUCUCUAAUUUAGCCUUACUAGUGUUGAGAGAAGGUGCAUGUAAGCGUGUGGCAGAGCAGUUGCAAUCACAUCUUCUUUGUAGUAAUCUCCUUUCUGAGACGGUUCAGCGGACUCAAUGUUCAGCCAAAGGGCCGCGGAGGCCCUGCAGUUCCGAGGAGCAUCCUGGGGCCUCCAAGCCUCCGAUAAGCUCCUCCAGUAUGACAUCACGCAUCUUGCUACGCCAGCAACUCAUGCGUGAGCAAAUGCAGGAGCAGGAGCGCAGGGAGCAGCAGCAGAAGCUGCAGGCGGCCCAGUUCAUGCAACAGAGAGUGCCAGUGAGUCAGACCCCGGCCAUAAACGUCAGCGUGCCCACCACCACCCUUCCCUCUGCAACCCAGGUGCCGAUGGAAGUCCUCAAGGUGCAGACCCACCUCGAAAACCCCACCAAGUACCACAUACAGCAAGCCCAAAGGCAGCAGGUAAAGCAGUACCUUUCUACCACUUUAGCAAAUAAACAUGCCAACCAAGUCCUGAGCUUGCCAUGUCCAAACCAGCCUGGCGAUCAUGUCAUGCCACCAGUGCCGGGGAGCAGCGCACCCAACAGCCCCAUGGCUAUGCUCACACUUAACUCCAACUGUGAAAAAGAGGGAUUUUAUAAGUUCGAAGAGCAAAACAGGGCGGAAAGCGAAUGCCCAACUAUGAACACACAUUCACGAGCGUCAUGCAUGCAGAUGGAUGAUGUAAUUGAUGACAUCAUUAGCCUAGAAUCAAGUUAUAAUGAAGAAAUCCUGGGCUUGAUGGAUCCUGCUUUGCAGAUGGCAAAUACGUUACCUGUCUCUGGAAAUCUGAUUGAUCUUUAUGGCAACCAAGGACUGCCACCCCCAGGCCUCACCAUCAGCAACUCCUGUCCAGCCAACCUUCCCAACAUAAAAAGGGAGCUCACAGCGUGUAUUUUUCCCACAGAAUCUGAAGCGAGAGCAUUGGCCAAAGAGAGGCAAAAAAAGGACAAUCACAACUUGAUUGAAAGAAGAAGACGAUUUAACAUAAAUGAUCGCAUUAAAGAACUAGGUACUUUGAUUCCCAAGUCCAAUGAUCCAGACAUGCGCUGGAACAAGGGAACCAUUUUGAAAGCCUCUGUGGACUAUAUUCGAAAGUUGCAACGAGAGCAGCAACGUGCAAAGGAACUUGAAACCCGACAGAAGAAACUGGAGCAUGCCAACCGGCACUUGUUGCUCAGGAUACAGGAACUUGAAAUGCAGGCUCGAGCUCACGGACUUUCUCUCAUCCCAUCCACGGGCCUCUGCUCUCCAGAUUUGGUGAAUCGGAUCAUCAAGCAAGAACCCGCUCUUGAGAACUGCAGCCAAGACCUCCUUCAGCACCACGCAGACCUCCCUUGUACGACGACACUCGAUCUCACAGAUGGCACCAUCACCUUCAACAACAACCUUGGAGCCGGGACCGAAAGCAACCAGGCCUAUAGCGUCCCCACGAAAAUGGGAUCCAAACUGGAAGACAUCCUGAUGGAUGACACUCUUUCUCCCGUUGGUGUAACUGACCCACUCCUUUCGUCGGUGUCUCCCGGAGCUUCCAAAGCCAGCAGCCGAAGGAGCAGCAUGAGCAUGGAAGAAACCGAGCAUGCUUGUUAGCAGGCCCUCCCUGCUCUGCGCUGUCCAAAACUGCUUCCUUUCUUGAUUCGUAGGUUUCAUAAUUUACCUGAAGGGGUUUUCUUGAUAAUUUUCCUUUAAUAUGAAAAAUUUUUUUUCAUGCUUUAUCAAUAGCCCAGGAUAUAUUUUAUUUUUAGAAUUUUGUGAAACGGACUUGUAUAUUCUAUUUUACAACUACAAAUGCCUCCAAAGUAUUGUACGAUAAGUGUGCAGUAUCUGUGAACUGAAUUCACCCCGGACUCUAGCUUUCUGAGCAAGAGGAUUUUUGCAUCAGAGAAAUUUCUGUCCAUUUUUAUCCAGGGGAGACUUGGUUUGAGAUUUUUAUGCCUGUGACAUCUUUGGAAAUUAAAUGUCAAGUUUAAUCGAAAGAAUGUAAACCAACCAAAUAAAAGAAACCCAGAGAGAAAGAGAUUGAGGAAAGAGAAGAAGAAAAGAAAUCCACACUAACCCUUUUUUUAAUUUGUAAAUGUAUUGAUUCAUUGGUACUGCCUUAAAGAUCCAGUACCGUUCUAACGCCAUUUAGUCUUUCUGCUGCGAACUAUUUAAGGCAAUACAAUAUUCUGUAAAAGAAAAAAAAAAAAGUGCAACCAAUUUUGUGAGGAUUGUCUGGUUAGAAAAUGUAACUGCUCUACCAUACUUAGGUGCAAGUGAAAUUGAAGGGUUAGAGACCAAGGAUCUGAAACAUGGGGUCUCAUCUUGCUGUCCUUCACCCUCUGCUCUGAUUACAGUUACCCUCAUCCAUGAGUGUGAUUCUGUUUUCCCUAACCUAUAUUUUAUUUUGAAAAGGAAAUGCAUGUCCUCUCAAAGGAACAUAUUGAGGAGCCCUGAAAGUUGUCCUAUUUGUUUCUCCCCCCCCCGCCCCGCCCCUUCAAUUUCACUUUUGAUAAGAAAACCAAACUGGGCACAUUUCUAAUCAGCUUUCCUAUUUUUAUUUUUAAAUUAUGUUUUCCUGUUCAUUUGAUUUGUACAGAUUCUUUAUUAUCAUCGUUCUUUUCCAUAUGUUUGUAUUAAUUUGUAAGAGUAUGCAUCUUAAAAUGGCAAGGUUUCAAUAUUUUUACAACUCACUCGUGGUUUUCCGCAUUCUUUGUACACACGUGAAAGAAAACUUUUAUGCAAGGUCUUGUGUUUCAAGAGAGCUUUGCGAAUAUUUUGUAUAUGACAGUCUCACUCAGAACUGUUUUUUCCACACAUUUAAGGUGUAGUAUUAAUAGGUGAAAACCAGCUUUCUAGAGAGAAUAAACUUGCAUAUUUAUUUUUAGUGAUAUAAAAGUAGCAAUAUUCUUGGAGACUGAUAACCAUAGCGUUAAUACGCCCAUUGUAGUCACUUAAAUUGGGGUUCAUUUCAGCAGACUUGCUGAAUUUUCUUGAAGGAGCGUAAUACUGUGUUGGCAAAUUACUGUUACUUGAUAACAGUGUUUUAACAAGCAGCGACGUUGUAAGUUAGUCUCAGUGCAUUAUCUUGUGUAGUCCUAUGCAAUAAUAGUAUAGUGUUACAUGUAAUCUAUCUGGCCUACGUGUUUUAUACAGCUGACAUACGGUGUUAAGAGCCAGGCUGUUGAAUGGAAUUUCUCAGUAGCAGCCUACAAUUGAAUAGCAAGGGGCAUAAAGCAUAUCCAUUCAGAAUGAAGUGCCUUAAAUAUAGCAGUAGUCUUUUUUGGACUAGCACUGACUGAACUGUAAUAUAGGAGACAGUUUCAAGAUGGUAUCUAUAGUCAAGAGGAUCAUGGAGCAUGGUGCCUAUGUAGACAAUAUAAGAGCUUCCAAUUUUCCUUCAGAUAUUUUUAAUAUUAAAUAUAUUUUAGUGACAGAGUGCCAACUUCUUUCAUCAGGAAACCUUAUUCAGGAGGUUUUUUUUUUUUUUUUUUUUUUUUAAAGAAAACGAGUUUAAAUAUCAAAUCUGAAUUGGUGGAUGGGUAUUGGAUAGUUCAAAGCGAAGGUGUGAUUGUCAGGUGUUUGAAUGGAUGGCUUCCAUGAAAAUAAUCGACUGCAUAGUUCCCAUGCACGUCGGGCAACGAGAAUCCUUGGAGACAUCGAUGAUGCUAUCAGUUUUAUAGCUUUAUUACUUAAGGGGGUAGGGAAAAUUAAUUCCCAUUCUUUCAGUCCCCUCAAUUGUAUAGCUCUUUUCCUAGAAUAGCGAUGCAGAUUUGCAUGAACAGCUAACUGUACCAUAGUGUUCAUUGAUACAAUCAUAGCAUUGUCUGGUUUUCUCUUCAUAUAUCUAUGGGGGGAGGGGAGCCCGGUGAAGAAGUCAAAGAUCGCGAUGGUAUGGUGCUUCUUUUCUUUAGCUGAUUUUGAGGGUUCUUAAAAAAUGGUGCAAGGUUGCGUAGCCCCUGGCCCAGGGAAGGUGACCAGGGCCAAGUGACCUCAUAGAAAGCUCUGUUGAGAGGAAGCAUGGCAUCUUGUACCACUGUCCUGACUUUCGCAACUCCUGAGCUCACUGUUGCCUGCUUCCCCAUCCCCCUCUUCUUAAGAGACAAUUUCUGGGAUUGGCGGGUGAGUAAGCCCAGGAGAAUGCUGCAGCCUCGGGGGUGGUUUUAUUUCUUUCUUUUUUGCCAAAUCGAGUGUGGAUUUGUUGUAGGGACUAGUUAAGCCAAGAAGCGGUGGUUUGGGGUCGCCGUUUGUGACGAGAGAAUGAUCCACACCACUCCCCCCAUCCCCGAGAGCAGACUGGUGCCUCGGGGUUGGGCCUCCAUGUGGAGGGACCAAAAUGCCAAACUUGCCCACCUGCCUCUGGGUAAGGCAACGGAAACACCAAACCUUUUGACUUUGCCAAAAACCCUACAACCAACCUGGUCAUACAUAGGACAACAAAGUUCUUUCUGGUUGUUUUUUAAAUAGUAAAGCAAUAAGAACCAAUAAAAUACAUAGGAAGUUAAGAGAUGUAAAAUAAAGCACAAAGGAAUGCACUUAUUAAUAUUUUUUUAAAAUGCACUGGGGAAAAGUUGGUGUUGAUAACAGUAUAUUAAAAAACCCUAUGUCUUGAAAAAAAUGACAAAUGACUGUCUCUUGCGGACGCUUGGUACUGUAAUGUUAAUAAUAUAGUCACCUGCUGUUGGAUGCAGCAAUAAUUUCUGUAUGGUCCAUAGCACUGUAUAUUAUGGAUCGAUAUUAAUGUAUCCAAUGAAAUAAUUGAACUGUUGUUCUUGAUAGCCUCAUUAAAGCAUUUGGUUUUUCACAUA